CGAGGAUGAGUGCGGGCUGCGGGCGGGACCCCCCUCGGAAGAGAGCCCGACCGAGCACCGGUAGCCCCGGCGGCGGCUCCCAGGGAGAGCGGCCGCCGCCGCCGCUCGGUCCCCGCCAGGAGGGGCCCGGGGGCUGCAGCUCCGGCGGCGGCAGCAGCCCCGCCACCGCCGUGGGGAACAAAGUUUGUAAACAACGGACAAUUACCACUUGGUUGGAGAAUAAAGGACCCAAGACAACUGAGCCCAAAAGCUUACACAGCAAAAUUAAUAAUACUGAAGCACAUCCCAAGAUGACUUCCAUUAAAAAAGAGAACUUUUGCGAGCAUGAUGUGAAAAAGCUAGAGAAUAUCUGCCAGCAAAAUCAUUCAAAAAUAUCUGUGGAAGCUGGUGCAAAGCAUGUGAAUUUGCCUCAGACGGGCAGCAUGUGUAACUGGGAGGCUGAGGACAAAGAUCCAGUCUCGGACACGGAGCCUGCGAAGGGGACGCAGUCUGGAGACCUCUUUAAAAACGCCAACAUCGAUCAGAUGCACAAAUCCAGCAAGCAGGCUCAGAGGGGCUGUGAAGAAAGCAGUGACAGUUGGACUCAGAGGAAAUUAUCAUCAGGCCGCUCUUUGAAAAUGGGAAGUACAAAACUUUCUUCAAAAGACGCUGAGACAGACGGACAAGCAGCUUCGUGCGAUUCGCAGGAGCUGAAGAGUUGCAAUUCUGUCUGUUCAACGGGUGAACAAGAAGAAGGGGAUGUAGUUCCGGAAAGUCCACUUUCUGAUGCUGGUGGUGAUGCUUGUGUAUCUGAUCUUGGAGGUCCUGGGAAACUGGGCAAACGUCAGAGUAGUUCAGGGGAUUCACCUGCUUUUGAGAAAGAAAGUGAGCCAGAGUCACCAAUGGAUGUAGAUAAUUCUAAAAAUAGCUGUCAUGGGUCAGAGGCUGAUGAAGAAACAAGUCCGUUUCUUGAUGAGCGAGAGGAGAUUAAUAUGUCAAAAUCCAUAAACAAAUCUUUUAGAAUUCAAUAUGGGGAUGCUGAACUGGAGUCAAGAAAGUCACGUUUUUCUGCCAAGGGCUGUGAAAGCUUUGAGGAAGUAGAUAAUUCUGUUAAAGAGGACAGUCUGCAUACAAAGUCACCUGGGAUCUCUCCUGCUCCAUCUUCAGAAAGCAAAAUUGCAAGACAGGGUGUGAAGAGAGAUUCCAAAAUCACCUCUCACUUCAUGAGGAUACCUAAGAUCGAGGAGAAAAGCAGAAAAGAAAAGUGUGAAUUCAAACCCCAGAGGCCAGGAAGGAAGAUUCCUAAAUACGUGCCACCUCCUCUUCCAACUAAUAAGAAAUGGUUCGGGACACCGAUUGAGGAGAUGAGAAGAAUGCCCAUGUGUGCGGCCCGACUCCCUCACCUGCGACCCUCAGCCAAUCAUACAGUCACCGUCAGGGUAGAUCUUCUGAGGGAAGGAGAGGUGCCUAAACCUUUUCCAACUCACUACAAAGAUCUGUGGGACAACAAACAUGUUAAAAUGCCCUGCUCAGAGCAAAAUCUGUACCCUGUAGAGGAUGAGAAUGGAGAUAGAACUGCUGGAAGUCGAUGGGAACUAAUCCAAACUGCCUUACUUAACAAAUUUACUUGCUCCCAUGAUUUGAAGGAGGCUAUUCUGAGAUACAACAUUGCUUAUUCCAAGAAAUGGGACUUCAGUGCUCUUACUGACUUCUGUGAGAAGGUUCUUGAAGAUGCAGAGGCUCAACAUUUGUUCCAGUCCAUUCUUCCUGAUAUGGUCAAGCUGGCGCUCUGUCUCCCUACUAUCUGCACCCAGCCAAUACCUCUACUGAAACAAAAGAUGAAUCACUCCAUCACAAUGUCACAGGAACAGAUUGCUAGUUUUCUAGCCAAUGCUUUCUUCUGUACUUUUCCACGUCGCAAUGCGAAGAUGAAGUCUGAGUAUUCUAGUUAUCCAGACAUUAACUUCAACAGAUUAUUUGAAGGACGGUCACCAAGGAAGCCUGAGAAACUUAAGACUCUUUUCUGCUACUUUAGGAGAGUCACAGAAAAAAAACCUACGGGCUUGGUGACGUUUACAAGGCAGUGUCUCCAGGAGUUUCCAGACUGGGAAAGAUCUCAGAAAAAACUCUCUAGAUUGCACGUCACCUAUGAAGGCACUAUUGAAAGCAACGGACAAGGUAUGCUACAGGUUGAUUUUGCAAACCGUUUCGUUGGAGGUGGUGUGACCGGGGCAGGACUAGUACAAGAAGAAAUUCGGUUUUUAAUCAACCCGGAACUGAUUGUAUCGAGGCUCAUCACUGAGGUCUUGGAUCACAAUGAAUGUCUUAUCAUCACAGGUACUGAGCAGUACAGUGAGUACACAGGCUAUGCAGAAACUUACCGGUGGGCAAGGAGCCAUGAAGAUAAGACCCCAAGGGAUGAAUGGCAGCGACGCUACACUGAAAUUGUUGCUAUAGAUGCAUUUCACUUCAGACGUUUCCUUGAUCAGUUUAGCCCAGAGAAGAUUAGAAGAGAGCUCAACAAGGCCUACUGUGGCUUCUCUCGCCCCAAUGUCCCACCUCAACACCUCUCUGCAAUAGCCACAGGAAACUGGGGAUGUGGUGCCUUUGGAGGGGACUCCCGAUUAAAAGCCUUAAUACAGAUAUUGGCAGCUGCUGAGGCUGGACGUGAUGUUGUUUAUUUUACCUUUGGAGAUGUGGAACUGAUGCGGGAUAUCUACAGCAUGCACACUUUUCUCUGUGAGAAGGGCCAAACUAUUGGGGACAUUUAUAGGCUGUUACUGAGAUAUUACAAUGAAGAAUGCAGGAGCUGUUCCACCUCAGGACCGGAUGUCAAGCUGUACUCUUACAUUUACAACACCAUUGAGUCCUAUGCAGAUUCUACUGAUGAUGAUGAGGAGGAAGAAAAAGGAUUGUGCUUUGAGGAUUAAAAUAGAUGUAUUUGAUCAGAAUAUUGUUCAUCUCCUCCCACUGGUAUAUUGUUUGAAUCGCUGGGUAUAAUGUAUGAAUUGGCUUAAUAUAUAUUGACUGUAUUGGUAGUUACAUGUAACACCCAAACAGCAAAAAAAUAUCACUUUUGAGAGACAAGAUUUUUUUUUUUGGUUUGAUGUUUUCAUCCAUGAAAACUGUAUUCAUGGUGUACAGAAAAGACUUGGUCAGUCUGGUUCGUGUUAUACCUUGUUAAGCAGGAUGUUUUGGUACCUAUUUCUAUUUCAGUCAAGAGAUUGCUGAAAGACUUUAGAAGAGUCUUCUGUACUCCAUUGCCUUUAUUUUUCGGAGAUCUUCUCUACAUUUCUCAUGUAAGCAUAGUGCUGGAGUGCAGGCAGCCGUGUGACUCCUGGGAUGAUUUCAGAGAGAAGUGUUGUAAAGAUUGUUUUUACUGAAAAUUGUCAUCAUUUGAUUACCUCCUUAAGACUGCCACAGUACCUUCAUUGUUCUUAUCAACUUAUUCAUUGAACUUAAAAUGUCCUGGGUUUAAUCUAUUUUUUAAUAAAUGGUUAAAAUGGAUGGAUUCUGGAGGAGCUGUAGUGCAUUUCACAGCCGCAUUGUCUCGAAUCGGACAUAAAAGACAGCAUGAAGUACAGGAGGGUGGGAAAAUGAGAAAUGCGACCAAAGUUGGAAGCAGAGGGAAACAUUUUCACAGGAAACUCUUCAAUACCAUUUUGUUGGUGCUGUCUGAACAAGGUCUUAGAGAUGUGAGCAGAUUGGAGGUUUCUCGAGGUUCAGUGGCGUUGGUGGUAUCAGUUGAAUUAAGGUCUGGUACUUGUGUUUGUAUUGUCACAUCAGUUCUCCUUUCUCUCAAUGUGCACCUAUGUGAGCAUAAGGUCCCCAUGGGACACUGGGAGUGAAGAAAUGGAAUUUACUUACAUACCAGUGGGAGGAGAGUCUGCUGCAGGUAAGAACAUGAGGUCUUGUUAGGAGUUUGCGCUUCUGUCUUUUUAGGCAUGGGAGCGGUAGGGAUGAAGAGAGGGCAAAAGAUGUGUAAAAACUGUGCUAUUACUAUCUCUGUGAAUACCAAAUUAGUGUUGCUGUAGUAAUUAAUAAUUUACAAAAAAGUGCAGAUACAUCUGUGAUAAAACCUUCCCAGGUCUAUGUACAGGGCCAAUCCAAUGAAACAUUUGUCUAUUAGUGGAUUAAACCCAGUUUAAGUUUAAGCCCAAAUUGGUUAGUGUAGCCUCUUCUGUGUUAGAUUUUCUGGUCUGCCAUGGUUGCAAUUCCCGAUUUAGGAAUACAAGUUAAAACUGUAGCAGGAAAUGUAGUGAGCUAAGGCUCUAGUAUCAACAAAUCCCUUUGGCUAAUGUCAGAUAAAUCCUUUCCAGACCUGAAGCACAACAUGGUAGUUAAAUGCUGGCAGCUGUUGACAGUCUGGCUUACCAUAAAGCACUUGCUGCUUCAGCUGCUCUGGUGGAAGCAACAGCAAAGAGUUUGGGUCAUUUAUGAACACCUUGAGAGUGCGGUGCCUGUGCGUUAAUGCCACACGGGCGGCUUGGAAGCGCGUUGCUUGGAAGGUGACAGACCCAGCAGCUUAAAGGUUUCUUUCUAUUCUUCCCACCAGCUGUAGUUUUCUGCACCCCAUCCCUUAUAAGGAGAAGAUUUGAGCUAGAAUUUCAGGCCUUUUCCUGUGUUUCCAACUUGUGUCCUCAGAAUUUAGCAGAAAUCUUUUCUCCUGCUCCUGGUGUUUCAGUGUUGGAUCAGAUUCCGGCAACAGGAAUAACAGUGUUUUAUAAUAAGCUCUUGUUUGGGCAUUUAGCUUCAACUAUGAUAGUGCUCCUAGAUGCAAUGUCAAUAAUAAAUGUACCCUGUUAAUUAAGACAAGUGAUGGAAAAUUGGUGCUAUCUGCCAAACCUUCUUCACCUGACUACUCAGGAUUUCCUAUAGAAAAGGUGAACAGAAUUUAUACCUAAGCAACUGGAAGAAAAUAUAGCAAAAAGCUUUAGGUGGCUAGAUGUGACCUCCCCUUUAUUGUAAAUAAAUACAUCCUUAUUAGUGCAAUAUUAAUUUUCAUUGUGAGGGGAAGUGAUUUGUCAGGUAUGAAAAAUUUACCAAAAUAAGAUGGCAUAAAAUUUUACUUCAGCUCUAGAAACAGAAAAAUAUAUUUAACUUGGGAAGGAUUCUCUGAAGAUCAUGUUUUAAGGUAUCCAGUUAAGACGUUUUGUAGUGUCAAGUGUCCCUGGAUAAUCCUAGGCAUUUUGUGCACUCUGUAUUUUCAAUGAUACCUGAGAAUUUUCUGAUAUGGGGAAGAAUGCCUUUUAUUUGAGAUCAUUCUUUAGGAUAUGUUUACCACCCUCAUGAAAUAAGGUUGUAUGAAGAGGAGAAAAGGAAAAUAACAACUCAUUUUCUGUCUAAUGUGUCAUCUGACUAAGAGUUAUGUAUCCAACGUUAUACUGUAUGUCCCUGGUGUUGUAAAGAACAAUGUUGUAAGAACACUUUGAAUAUGACUUAAAUCGCAGGCAGCCUGAAGAUUAUAUUUUUUUGUUGUUGUUUUGAGGGUGUUUUUGAGAAAAAUAGCCCAGAGUUCACAAAUUAGCAACGAUGUUACAUUCCCAUGACUUUGUAAUUCAGUAAAGAGCUAAACUGCCCAGAUUGCUGCAUGUGGAAGCAAGAAUUUUGCAUCAGCCCAACACGUGCUCUGCAUCUUUCUUUCUUUAUCCCUCCACCCACCGCUCUGCAUUUCUGAACUAUCAGAAACUAUUUCUUUGGCGAGAGAUGGCUUUUGGGGCUCUCUUUGAAGUAGCAGGGAAUGGAGGUGCCAAUGAUCUCUCUGUGCAGCCUAGGAAGCUUCAGUUCCGCUCUUCUAGAAACCUGUUUAUGGUGUAUCCUGUUUUUUUUUGGGUUUUUUUUAUUACUUUUAGGGAUUUUUGCUAUAUGAUUUCAAAUAAAAAUAAACUUCCUACCAAAACUUUUGUUUUAUACUUUUUAGCAGCUAAACUGAAUGCAUAAUACAAAACAACAGGCAGUCAUGGAGAUUGCAAUGUUGCCUCAUAGUCAAGUUUGGUGUCAGAGCAAUUCUGUUGUUUUACAGCUCUUGCACCUAAAUCCCUCAGUUUUGAGGUGUCUUAUCUAAUGAUGAGUACCCGAUACUGUAUAUAUUAAUUUAUAAACUGUCAAAGUGUUCCUGAUGUUCUUCUAAACUUACAGUUUAUGCACCAUGAUAUUAUAUUGAUUUUUCUGGAUCUGUAUGCUAAUGUUUACAUGAUUUUGUAGGAAUACAAUUAAAAAAUUCUGACUGAAGUAA